CGCAUUCGCACUUGAUCUGCCUCUCGUGUAUGUCCAUGCGCAAACCUCAGCUCCGUUUGGAACGCGGGAAUUUUCUCCGGAUCUCGGGGAAUUGGACCGCUUCAGUUCCUCUGAGAUUUCUACAGUUUCCAAGUGAGUGAGAGUGUCAGUGUUAAGAGCUUCGGUUGAUACAAGCUAGCUGGGUGUAGAUGAACAGGGUCAGGAAUGUGCUGCUGCGCAAGUGCAAGAGCCUGUCCCGUGCAGGGCGGCCGAGCUCGGCGUCCUACAGCAACCUCCGCUCUAUGUCCACCAGGGAGGCCGCCGCCGACACCGGCGUGGAGGCUCCCGUCGGCAGCGGCGGCGCCGUGGUGUUCGUGGGCAGCUCGCGGCGGCGGUACGUGAUCAGCGCCGAGCGCCUCAGCCACCCGCUCAUCGCCGCGCUCAUCGACCCCGGCGCCGGAGGCGACGACGACAGCGGACGAGAUGGCCGGAAGCCGAUCGCCGUCAACUGCGAGGUGGUGCUGUUCGACCACCUGCUGUGGAUGCUGGACAACGCCGCCGACCUCCGCGCCGGCGGCGGCGACGACGACGACGCCAUGAGGGAGCUGGCCCAGCUCUACGCGUGCUGAUUGAUUACUUGAUGUGUCGUUAAUACAUACACACACGAUUGACAGGCGGCACAUGUUCGUCGAAUUAUUUCCUUUAACCUACCUCGAUCGAUGCCAUUUUUUCCCUCUGUUCUUGCGCCGGACAUCUAAGAUUCUUCGGCGUCAUGGCUUGCAACUUUGCACAGACGGAUUCAUGAUUUCAUGCGGUUGCUUAUGUUUCUUCUUUGUUAUUAAUCGAGCUUCUGGUGUGUAUUAGAGACGGCCAUCAACAUGUUACUUAAGCUUGUGUUUGUCGACAUGACCAUGUGGUUAUUUUGACGAAGAUGUUGUAAAUUGCAAUCCAUGUGACUGAAGUUCUGCUAAUUUGCUCGCUUUUACUGAAAAUAUAUAUACGUGCGCAUGUGCAAAUUCUUGUUCUUCA